AUGUCACUGGUCUUUGUGACUUUAAUCCUGUCGAUAUGUGUCACUCACUUAUUACCGCCUUCACUCGCUACCAGUCAGGAACCAAUUACCAAGUACAAGAGCCUGCGAACGGCAGUCGGUCUAGCCGAGGAGCCAGUCAAAGAUCGUGAACAAGGUUUGUCUGAAUCUGAAAUCGUCGAAAUUGAUGAGACCAAACCUGGCUCUUCUACCAUGCCCGCAAUCAUCAAGGGCAGGAAUCCGAUUUUCUCUCCCCGAUUCAAGAGCAAUGAGGAGGUGACAACGUAUGAGAAUUCUGAAAGCUGGACUAGCGCGCAGAGUUCUGGUACUUCUACCCCUGUACUUCCACUAGACCUCAGUCCGCGCAGGAGCGUCAGAUUACAAUUGAAGAACAAGUUAAAGAGUCAACAGCUAACAAAACCCAUUCAAGCAGUUCCUGCAAAGAUCCAGAGCUUCUUGCAGAGUUUGACCAGCUCGAGUCAAGCCUUUGAUUCACCCUUGAAACGACUUCCCAGCUUCUCUAGGCUUCGGAUGAUGAAUAAGGAUCAGCUUGAUCAAGAGCUUGACAGCAUUUUGAGUAGAAUUUUCUCAAGCAGGCGUAAAAUAAGGAAAUAUAUACGGGUCACCCAUUAUAAGGAGGAAGAAGAUCAAGAAUUUAUCAAGCAGAGGUUGAAGCAAGAUUUCAAUCAGUUUCGUCUGUUUGCCGAGGACGCCACUGUCAUCAAAAAUACAAUGCAUGCACGCAGUCAAAAGAUUCUUUCCAGCCUGCAAGCGAUCCUGGAUCCCUCUGAAUCAGGAUCAUCAUCAGAUCCCCUGGCAAGAAUUUGCACAAAAAUGGGCAAGCAUAAGUUCAAAAAGCUUUUGCACGAUCAAGAGGGUAUGUAUCGAUUUUUCUUCUUGAAAGUUUUUAUCAUUGUCCUUGAAUAUGUUUAA